AUGUCCCAGUACAUUGGCAAAACCAUUUCGUUGAUUUCCAACAAGAACCUUCGUUAUGUUGGUAUCUUGGAAAACAUCAAUGGCGAGGAUGCCACCGUUUCCUUGAAGCUGGUGCGUCCUUUUGGCACUGAAGGCAGAAUGGCUGCCCAAGGUUUGGCCCACAUGGAGGUCAUGCCCGGUGCUGAUAUUUACGACUUCGUGGUUUUCAGAGGUACAGACGUCAGGGACUUGACCGUUUUGGACGAGGCCAUCGACGACGUCAAGCCUCAGCCUUACACUGGUGCAACUUAUCCUGCUGUUCCUACUCAAGGAAUGCAGGCUGGUCCUACAGGAGCUCCUUCUCAGGCUCCAAGUGGCCCUGGUGGCGUGGCGCAGCAGCAACAAGCUGCUCCUACUGGCUCCUCGGAAUCCAAGACCGAAAAGGCUCCUGAAUCGAAACCUUCUCCUACUCCAGCUUCUAGAACCAAGCCGGAGCCUAGCGCCACCACCAAGGAAAAGAGCCCUAAGCCUGUCGACAGGCCGGAGCCCGAGGAGCAGUCGGGCGAGUUUGACUUUGAAAAGGCCAAUGCCAGAUUUGAAAAGAAGAGCGCCGGCGACCAGAAGCCCAAGUAUGACAAGAGCUCGUCGUUUUUCGACACCAUCUCGUCCUCAAACACAGAGCGUGGCAACAUGCGCUGGAACGAGGAGCGUUCGCUCAAUAUGGAUACAUUCGGCCAGGAGGGUUCUCGUGGGAGAGGCAACUGGCGUGGUAGAGGCCGUGGCAGAGGUAGAGGCGGCAGAGGCCGUGGCGGCCGUGGAGGCCGUCGUUCCGAGCCUACGCCUGAGUGGGCUUGA